UUCUUCCAAAAGGACCAAAACAUGCUGCUUUGGUGUUAAACACCAAAACGGUUUGGAGGGAGAAUAAGAGGAAACCCUCCCUGCCUCUCAAUCCCUUGUUCUCUCAUUCCCCGGCGUCGGGCUCCAGCCAUUCUCUCAUUUCUCUGAAAGUCCCUCCCUGCCUCGCAUUCCGUCGUUCUCUCAAAAUCUCAAUCCCUCAUUCUCGACUCUCACUGUCUCACAAAGUGAAAGAUUCACUGUCUCACAGCGGCGCAGCCCCUCGGCCGUCUCUGUCUCGCAGCCGUCUCUGUCUCACUGUCUCUCGACUCUCGACUCUCGACUCUCACUCGUCUCCGUCUCUGUCUCAGUGUCUCUCACUCGUCUCGCACCGUCUUCUAGCAGAAGUGGACGAUGCCUAUCCAAGAGGUUCUCAUCUAAGGCAUGCUUGCGCUAACCCGAGGGUUUAAUCAGAGGCUUUUCACCUUCCACAAGCACCUCACUCGUCCUCUCAUGGCCACCAAUGCUCCCCUGAAACCUUUGAAGCGCGUGGGCACCCACAACGGGAGCUUCCACUGCGACGAGGCCCUCGGCUGCUUCAUGAUUCGCCUCACCGAUAAGUUUUCCAACGCCGAGAUCGUUCGCACCCGCGAUGACCAGGUGUUGGAGGGUCUCGAUGCUGUUCUUGAUGUUGGGGGUGUGUAUGAUCCAACUCGGGACCGGUAUGAUCAUCACCAGAAAGGGUUUGAAGAGGUUUUUGGGCACUGCUUCUCCACAAAGCUCAGUAGUGCUGGUCUUGUCUACAAGCAUUUUGGAAAGGAGAUAAUAGCUAAGGAGCUUCGAGUUGAUGAGGAUCACCCGAAUGUGCAUCGCUUAUUUUUGGCUGUAUACAAGAGCUUCAUGGAGGCAAUUGAUGCUGUCGACAAUGGGAUAAAUCGGUAUGAUACAGACAAGCCUCCGAGAUAUGUGAAUAAUACGCACUUAUCUUCAAGAGUUGGAAAAUUAAAUUUGGAUUGGAUAGAACCUGAUCAAUCACCUGAGAAAGAGAAUGAGGCCUUUCAACGAGCAAUGGCUCUGGCUGGCAGUGAGUUUUUAGAUAGUGUUCGGUUUCAUGCAAAAUCGUGGUUACCAGCACGGUCAAUUGUAAUGGAGUGUCUUGCAGCAAGACAGGAUAUUGAUCCUAGUGGAGAAAUUAUGGUUUUAUCUACAUUCUGUCCUUGGAAGCUUCACUUAUUUGAGCUUGAGGAGGAGAUGAAAAUUGACCCUCCCAUCAAAUAUGUUCUUUAUCAGGAUGACAGGAGCAAAUCUUGGAGAGUGCAGGCGGUGGCAGUAGCUCCUGAUAGGUUUGAGAGCAGAAAGCCUCUCCCUGCUCAAUGGCGAGGUCUUAGGGAUGAACUGUCGAGGGAGGCAGGUAUUCCUGGUUGUGUUUUUGUCCACAUGAGUGGGUUUAUUGGUGGAAAUCAAAGCCAUGAGGGUGCUCUGGCCAUGGCAAAAGCUGCUUUGAAGCUCUAACCGAAGAAGAGCAAUUUUGCUUAUGACUUGGGCACCAAAAUUUUAUAGCCCCAGGUGAACUUUUCAGAUGUUGUUUAGAUUGCAAUCCCCCAUACAAGACUAUUUAGACAUAUGUGUGAUUUUCUUGGUCAUUGUGAUCAACUCUUCUCACAGAAACAGAAUCUUCUUUAUCAUGUAUUAUUUUCUGUCAUUCUUCUUUAACUCUUUUUUACUGGUGACUGUAAAACGAGAACGGUGGUAAAAUCCCAAUAGAGAGGUUUCAUACUUUCGUUCA